GACCAUGGAGAAAGAGGCCGCGGGGGAGGCGCGCGAAUCCCAUGGAACCGCACGGAAGCGGGCACGGAGCGGCGGCGGCGGCUGCGAGGAUUUCAUCACCAGGCUCCCCGACGACAUCCUCGGCAUCAUCAUCUCCCUCCUCCCCACCAAGGACGGCGGCCGCACGCCCGUCCUCUCCCGCCAAUGGCGCCACCUCUGGCGCUCCGCGCCUCUCAACCUCGAGGGAAUAAGCCCGGUCGGCUCGGCAAACUCGAUGCGCACCGUCAAGGUUUUGGCUCUCAGAUCUUCUGCAGAUAAGUUGCAUGCGGUUCUUAACAUCCUCAGGUGGUUCCCCUGUCUCGAGAGGCUCCAUGUCACUUUUGGUAAACACCAUGAUAUGGAUCAGCAAAAUGAGCCUCAGCAUGACCCACUACAUCCAAUCGAAUGCCUUGAGACCCAUCUAAAAAAAGUGGUGUUUAAGCCAUUCGAGGGCUAUGGGAAACAGGUUGACUUUGCCAGGUUCUUUGUGUUGAAUGCAAAGGUGCUAGACAAAAUUGAAUUUGAAGCAUAUAAUCACUACGGCAUUGAAAUGGUGGGCUAUGAACACAAGCUGCUACAAGUGGAAAACAGAGCCUCUCGGCACGCUCGGUUUGUAUUCAAGACUAUUUCAUCCUGACUGGGUACCAUGUCAAUAAGCAUAUCCAUGAUUGGUCGGUCAGAAGCCGGCCCCUGCCGACAGCCUUAGACAGGGGUAAUGCCUGAAGAUUGAAGUGUCUUGUGCUAAUUUGGUAGAUGGUGUUGAUGCCUGAAGAUUGCACCACCUUCCGUUGUCUGCUCUGUUUCUAGUCUAUGGUUCCUCUGUAAUUCCAGUAACUUAUUGUAUUGAAGUUUGAGUUUACUGAGAUGUAACUCAGUGCCAUCUGUCUUGUACAGUACAAAUUAGCUUCUCCCUCUCUAAAGAAAUAUAAGAUCUUUUAGAUCACUAGCUAGUAAUUGUACUCUUUCCUAGAGCAAGUAAAGCAUUGGAUUUGGCCAAGGACCUGGAAAUAAUGUUGGCUUUG